GAAGCGCCCACGUGACGCAUAGCCCGUCCGCAGCCCGUCUGACACACAAAGAGAAGCGCAGACUUUAGCGUUAGACGCGGCAGGUGAGCGGAGCAGGUGGCAUGCUGAGCGACAUAAGCCCCAGAUAUUCGACCACGUCGACUUUUUUCCCCUUCUCUGAAGCUCUGGAGAGGUGUCUGGCCUUUUAAACGCCAUGUGCGUGUGACGGGAACGAGCAGUGGCCAAGACAGACGUCAGGAUCGCUUUUUUUGGGGACAUUUUCGACUUCGAUGUGAACGUGUCAACAGAGUAGGGUGGCCUUUGUUUUGGAGCCACUUCAGCCGAGUGAAUCGCUCGUUUCCAACUUGCUGGGGCUGAUUUGUGUGUAGCUCGCAUUAAGCUGACCAGAGCCUCUUUAAAACCGGUCGACGUCGAAGGGAUUGUUUUUCCUUCGGGCUGAUUUAACGCAUCGACGUGUUUUUCAGACACCGAAUGAGAUGUCGUUCACGAUGGAGGAGUCUCUAGAGUCGGGAUGGGUGUCCGUCCGGCCGAACCUCUUCGAGGAGACCGAGCGCCAUAAGUUGGUCUUCAUCGUGGCGUGGAACGAGGUGGAGGGGAAGUUCGCCAUCACCUGCCACGACAGGACCGUCCAGAGACGGACCACCGACAGGGACCCUACCUUCGACUACUACUCCACAUCCCCUCUGCCCAUGGCAUCGAACGCCAGUCCCUCGAACAGGAACGAUGGGUCAGAAGUUAGAGUCGGACCGAACUCCAGCACCAAGAGCAAAGAUGGAGGGAGGAAAUCGUUUCCUCCCGGUCCUCCGAGGCCCCCGGAGACUGCGCGUAAAGCCCUCGGGUCGUGGGACGUCUUGUCCCCAAAAGUGAUGGACAUCGAGGUCCUGGAACCAGAGGACUUCCCCCCCGGAGGACUUGCCUCCCCAGAUCACUGCGACACGGAGGGGAAGGACAGCGGGGGCCGUGAGGAGUACAGCUGGGCCGGCCUGUACUCCUUCCAGGACAUGCGGGUAGCACACCUCCAGCUCUGUGCGGUGAACUCAGACUUGGAGCCCUGUCUGCCCGCCUUCCCCGAGGAGCAGGCCGGCAUGUGGACGGUGAUCUUCGGGUCACCCGAGGUGUCGCAGCGAGAGACGGACGCGCUGUGCUACCAGGUGCAGGUAUACCUGGGCCAUGCCCUGGACACCUGCGGAUGGCUCAUUCUCUCGCAAGUGCUGUUCUCCGAAAGUGACGACACGGAGGAAUACUAUGAGAACCUGAGCGAGCUGAGACAGAAGGGCUACGAAGACGCGCUGGAGAGGGCCAAAACGCGUCUCCAAGAGCUGCUGGAGCGGCACCGGGCCAUGGACAGCAUGGUGGAGCUGCUGCAGGUGUACCCUGAGGAGGACCGGGCGUACGGGGAGCUGCUAGAGGACACCACCCAGCUCUACCAGUACCUGCUGCAGCCCUUCCGGGACAUGAGGGAGCUGGCCAUGUUGCGCCGGCAGCAGAUCAAGAUCACCCUGGAGACGGAGCGCCUGGGGCCACGCCGCGUGGAGGCACUGACCCGGGAGGAUGAGGAGUGGCAGAGGAAGGCCCACGCCGCGGUCCUCUCCAUCCAGAGCCUCACCGCCCGCUUCUUCCAGACCACCGCCCGCGCACAGAAAGCCAUGUACGAGCGGAUGCGCGCCGACCAGAAGAAGUUUGGUAAGUCGGCCUGGGCCGCCGCUGCCGGCCGCUUGGAGCAGCUCCAGUAUUCUGUCUCCAAGGAAACGCUUCAGCUGAUGAGGGCCAAGGAGAUCUGCCUGGAGCAGAGGAAGCAUGGCCUGAAGGAGGAGAUGCAGAGCCUGCAGGCCGGGGCGGACGCCAUGCUGCGCCUGGACCAGCUGGAGGCGCUCUACUACCAGCUGCAGCUGCAGCUGUACGACAUCCAGGCGGAGGUGCUGCGCUGCGAGGAGCUGCUGCUCACCGCCCAGCUGGGCAGCCUCCGCAGGGAGAUGACAGGUGGGCCUCUUGGGGGCGCACGCCAUGAGCGCCAGGACGAGGUGGUGUACUACGACGCCUACGAGAGCCCCGACGCCAUGCUGGGGGGGGAGGAGGGCGGGGUCCCCCCCAGCCCCCUGACGGAGGAGCAGCUGGCGGUCCUGCAGAACAAGACCCGGCAGCUGGAGGCACGCAGGGGACGCAUCACCUCCAAGAGAGCCUACCUCAAGAACAAGAAGGAGAUCUGUAUCGUUAACCACAACCAGAAGAUGGACCAGCGCAAGGGCUGCCAGGCAGACAGUGAUUCCAUCCAGGCACUGCACCAGAAAGCAGAGGAUGAAGAGGAGAGGAGGAGUGCCAGAGUGGGCCAGGAGAGACAGACGACCCUACUGGGACUACGCAGCCACAGCCAGCGCUUCCCGGGCCAUGUGACCCUGAAGUCCAGCCGGCUGCGCCUGGGCCUGCCCCACCCCCGGAGGAGACCGGGGGCCCCCUCUGCCGGGGCGGGGGAGACGGCCAGCACCCAGGUAGCCAGCGUCCAGACGGACCUGGGUCUGGACCUGGGUCUGGACCUGGGUCUGGACCUGAGUCCCGCAGUGCCCCAUCACGCCUGCGGCCACCCGAGCGCGUCUUUACCUCCGGGGCGGUCUGCGCCCAGGAGCCCCUCCUCCCUCCCCCCGUUCUCCUCCAUGCCUCCGCCCUGCUCCGCCUCCACGCCGGCCCUCUCCUCGGCCGCCGCUCCACCCCCACCGCCUCCUCCUCCACCCCCGCCGCCCCCUCCCUCUCUGGAGGACCUGCAGGGUGAGGUGGGGCCGGAGGAGUCCAGGGGCCCCCAGCUCGGGGCCGGGUGCGAGUCCCUCCCCCUGGCCCUGUCGCCCUUCUCCCCGCGCUUCUUCGACAGCAGCCAGCUGCUCAAUGCCCGGAAGAAGCUGAGGAAGACGGCGUCGCUGGACUCCACCUGGAGGAGAGCGGGCUCCCCCAUGGAUGAGGUCCUGGCCUCCCUGAAGCGCGGCUGCUUCCGGCUGCGUAAGGCGGAGCUGCGUGUGCUGCCGGACCCCGACCAGGACGACAGCGAGAACAUCCUGGCGCAGAUCCGCCAGGGCGUGCUGCUCCGCAAGGUCCGUGGCCGGCCCGCCGACCACGGCCAGCGCCGGCCCGCCCCCCGCUUCCCCUCCUCGGCCGACGCCCUGACCCGCAGCAUCCACGAGGCGCUGCGCAGGAUCAAGGAGGCGUCGCCCGAGAGCGAGUCAGAGGACGAGGGCCUGCCCUGCACCGACUGGGAGAACUAGAGUCUGGAGCCUGGAGGACUAGAGCCUGGAGGACUAGAGCCUGGAGGACUAGAGCCUGGAGGACUAGAGCCUGGAGGACUAGAGCCUGGCGGACUAGAGCCUGGCGGACUAGAGCUUGGAGGAGUAAAACCAGAUCGACGAUCCCAUGCUAACUCAGACGACACAGAGGAGACGCAGGAGUCAGCCCUCAGAGCAGCGGUCCGGUGGAUCUCCUGGCUGCUGUGUGCACCUCAGCGCUCUGAAUCUGGCUCUCUGCUUUCCUGUGUGGGUUGAUUUUCUUAUCCUUGCGUUAAAGAGGCAGCAGACUUUGUACUCCUUCAUCAGUUUGCUGUGAUGGGUUUGUUACGUUUGAUGGGAUGAGGUGGUUUUUAUUUUAGGUUUUGUAAUUCCACACUGAAAUAAGAAUCAGGAUGAGGUCACUGCUGAACGCCAGCUCCACACAUGAAAGUAUUAUGAAAAUGACCCCAAAUAUAUUGUUUUAAAAGGGACUUUUAUUGCAAACAAUAAUAUUAUCAUAGCAAUAAUAAUAAUACAUUUUAUUUGUAGAGCACUUUAUAUUCGAAAAAUCUGAAAUGGCUAAAAAUGGCUAAAAGGCAAGAAGGGUUGUUAAAACAUAUAAUGCAUACACAGUAAAAGAGAAAGCCAAAGGCUUUUUUAAAAAGAUAAGUCUUAAGGUUUCGUUUAAAAACAGCGAUAGUCUGUGGGGCCUUCAGGUGGUCAGGGAGGGCGUUCCAUAGUCUUGGGGCAGCAGCAGGGAAAGCCCGAUCGCCCAUUGUGCGGAGCUUGAUCUUAGGUGGUCUGAGGGUGUGUGUUGAUGCACAGCAAAGGGUGCGUGAGGUGGUCUGGGGGGUGAGGAGCUCCUGGAGGUAGGGGGUGGGGCAUGUCCGUGGAUGCACUGGUGGGUGAGGAGGGAGACCUUGUAUUCAAUUCUGAAUGUGACAGGGAGCCAGUGAAGGGAUCUGAGGAUGGGGGUAAUGUGUUCAUAUUUGCGCACCCUCAUCAGGAUCCUGGCAGCGCUGUUUUGUAUGUACUGGAGCUUCUGGAUGCUCUUGCCAGAGAUCCCGAUGAGGAGUGCAUUGCAGUAAUCCAACCUGGAGGAGACAAAGGCGUGGACGAGCUUCUCUGCAUCUGCCAGGGUGGGUGUAGGCCGGAGUUUGGCAAUGUUUUUGAGGUGGUAGAAUGCGGUCUUGCGGAGGUGAUUGAUUUGGGUGUCAUAGUUCAGUUGCUCCAUUUUAACACCCAGGUUGGUGACAGAUGUGGAAGGGGGGCUGUUUUGGCCAGAGAAAGUGGUGUGCCGAUGAGGAUGGCUUCUUUUUUAGAGCUGUUUAAUUGAAGAAAGUUGAGCUUCAUGCACGCCUCUUAUCUCCUCCAGGCAAGUGGUCAGUGUGGAUGUUGGCAGGGGGCAAGAAGAAGUGGGGGUGGUUCUUAGGUACAACUGUGUGUCAUCAGCAUGCCUGCUGAUGACGCUGCCCAGGGGGAGCAUGUAGAUGGAGAAAAGUGUGGGGCCCAACACCGAGCCCUUGGGGACACCGCAAGUGACACUGGGUGUGUGAUUUUGCUCUGCCCAGGGCGACGUGCUCGGUUCUGCCGGUGAGGUAAGAGGUGAACCAGUUGUGUGUAUUUCCUGUGAGUCCAAUGGUUUAUUGCAGGCAUUGGAGGAGGAUAUUGUGGAUAUAGCAAUAUUAUAUUUGCCGGUGUAGAAUCUGAAAACAAUGUAUGUUGUUACAUAUAUUGAUUUUGCGCUCACGGUUUGGUAUAUUGAUUGUUUUCCAGGGGAGAAUAUCCAAACUAAUGCUAGCUCUCUGUAGACCGCUCUCCCCCCACUUACUGAAGGAUGAUCUGACUCCUGGGGGAACCUGAGGAAACCUUCUUUGAGGUGGUCCUCACUGAAUGCAUUCUGCUGCAACCUGAUCAACACUGGUCUUGUUAUCAACCAGAUCAACACUAGUCUUGUUAUCAACCUGAUCAUCCGUGGUCUUGUUAUCAGAUUGUAUCCAGAUGACAGGAAGUCUUGGCUUGUUAAUAUGUCCCUCAAGCAGUCCUCAAGUAUUCUGCUGAACAUAAACUCACAUUGUUCCCACUUCCUGGUUCAACUAGGAUACAUCUAUGCCACACCUUUCUACCCAUUGGUGCUUCACGCAUUAACACGUUUUGAAAUGUAUUGUUAAAAAGGCACCAUAUUACUCUUUAACAUAUCUGGAUUUCAUUCUCAUCUAAGGUUCCCCUGAUAGGUCGAGUAUGGCAAACAUGUGCGAUAAUUUAUCCGAACACGGCAGCCUCCAGCAGGCUUUUAUUGGGGGUUAAAGGCCAAGACAGAGAUGGCUGAAGUUUAAAGUUGUGGUAACUAGUGGUAGUGAUCCUCUAUCCUGAUGAAGGUAUUGUUCAUAUGUUGAGAUCUGGUUCCCUCUGCUGCUCCAAAUGGCCUCAAAACAAUGUGGCUUGUGUGUGUGUGUGUGUGCGCGUGUGUGUAUAAUCUUUUUAUGUAUUUUUUUGUACCGUCAGUUUCAACUGCCUUUUUUCAUCAUUUGAAUGUGAUGUGUUACUGGAGGUGAUUUUGUGUCGAUUUUAUACUGAUUUAUUACGUGUACAUUGUGUCAAACCUUUGUUGUCUUUGAUUUGAAAAGACGGGGGAAAGUCAUUGUAGGAAACCACUUGCACUGAGUACAAUCAGUAGGGUUGAAGAUGUACUGAUAAGAACCAACAACUGCUGUCCACACACAGGAGCUCUCUACUCUCUACUGAGAUGACAACUGUAAAAACAAUUCAAACUGAUUCAUCCAAACCUUUUUCUAAAUCGCUGUCUUUAAGAAUGAAGCGUGCCGUUGUAAAGGCUCCGUCUACAGCAAUGAACAACCAUAUAUAAAUAGAUCAUGAAUUUCUGCACACCUGUGACCAGUCAAAUUGAUUUAAUGUUUUUCCCGUGAAUUGCUGUCCUGUCCAUGAUUAUUGUGUGUGGGCUGGUGAAGCAGAUGUAUUAUCGUAUUUUCAUUCUUUAUUUUAAUAUAUAUAUCAAAAUAUACUUCUUGUUUUUAGAUGUUUAUAAAAUCCAAACAAUUAAAAUCCUUGUUAUACAUUUAUAUUCUCUGGUACAGGACACAGCUUUAACUCUGUGGAACUCCCUGUAUGACCAAAUACCUGGCUCCUUUCAAAACAAGCCUAUUAAGUUAAGUGCAAUAAUUUAACAAAAAUAUGUUAUAUGAAUAGAACUAUUGAAGUGGAAUUUAUGAAAAGUAUAUCUCUGCAUGUGAUAAAUUUAGUAUUUAUUAAAAACAUCAAAUUUUAAAAUGUAGGAUUUAUAAGGCAGUAUCAAAGAAUGGAAUAUACUUUUUAAGAUUUAUGAUGCACUGCAUUUCUCAUCCUUUCCUACCAUUACAUUCCUAUUUCCUUUCUAUAUUGUAUUUCAAAUAAACACAAGGGCCUUUUUCCACUUU